AAUUGAUAUGUAAUGAGCCCACUGUUGUCGUCACUAGUAAAGGGACCUCAGCAGGAUAUUAAAUAAGUAUAACAGUGCUGCACAUCAUCCCGUAGCAAUAGCGCAGUAUUACAGUGUUAUAUUUAAGAUGAGAAACGCGAUUAGCAAAACUGUUAUUGUAGUAUAGUGUCAGGACAGCAGCAGCACAGGUACUGUUACCUGCUGGCUUAAGCAUUGUGUUUCAGCUGGAGAGCCAUCUGUCACUGACUUCCGGUGUAAUGGGGAAAUUGCAUUCACAGCAUCUGCUAGUUUGACAGUUGUAUUGAUGGCGGUGUUUGAGAACCAUAUAGCAGGAAGGGUUACUGUGUACUCGGUGCCAGGAUGCCCACAGUGUUUACAGGCCAAGGCUGCUUUACAGGCACUGAAUCUACCAGUGUGUGAAGUGGACGUGAGUCAUGAUGCUGCUCUAAGGGCUUGGCUGGAUAAGAUGACUGGUAGCAGCACUCUGCCGCAGAUAUUCUUUAACAACGUCCACAUAGGAGGAAAUGAGAUUCUUAAAAAAUUGGCCCCUGAGGAACUUGAGCCUCUGGUACGUAUGGUGAAGGAGAAGCCAGUGUCCCCAGAUGCCCUACCAUUACCUGCAGGAAACAGCCCUGAGUCUGAGGAGAGGGAUAGAGGAGCAAUUACAGCUUCUGAAUUAUCUGAGGCCCUGAGGAAUCUGAUCAUGAAACUGUACUCUGAUCACCUCUCUGCUGAUGGCAAGUCAGUGGACUAUAAGUCCAUGUCUAAAAGCACAUGCUAUGAACGAUAUUGUGAGCUGGCUGUGUACCUGCAGCGUGUGCAGCUACUCUCUUUGAGUCAGGAGGAGAGGCUGGCUUUCUUCAUCAAUGUCUACAAUGCCCUGGUUAUCCAUGGCUACCUGCGCCUCGGCUUCCCCAAAAACAUGUGGCAGAGGUACCGGUUCUUUAACUAUGUGAGCUACCUGAUUGGAGGAGAGGUGUUCACACUGCAGGAUAUUGAGAAUGGUGUGCUGCGGGGAAACAGGAAAGGAAUAGCACAACUUCUGAAGCCCUUCUCAAAGAAUGACCCUCGACUACAGGUUGCACUUCCUGAAGCAGAGCCUCUAAUACAUUUUGCACUGAACUGUGGUGUGAAAGGCUGCCCGCCCAUUAGGACCUACACCCCAAAGGACAUUGGCAGUCAGCUGCAGACUGCUGCUGAGGCAUUUCUGGAGGCUGAUGAUGGCUGCAUUGUGGAUUCUAUGAAAAGAGAGGUGAAGCUUAGCCAGAUCUUCAAAUGGUACAAGGCAGAUUUUGGAGACACUGAUGAAAAGUUGCUGAAGUGGGUUUUAAACCACAUGAGGGCGUCUCAGAAGAAGAAAAGUCUGAAAACUCUCCUAUCUACAGGGAAUGUUAAAGUAAGCUACAUGCAUUAUGACUGGUCCACUAACAGCACACACUGAUUAAAACUCUAUUAUUAAGAGUUUAGGGCUUUGAGAUGACCUGCCUCACUCUGAUAGGCUUAUAUUUUCUUUAGCAAAUGCAUGAGAGCACAGAUAUUUUUACUCUGGCUGUAUCCAGCUUCUCUAUCAACUCUAGGAUAAAAAAAAUUAAACCAUAGAAAAGCUGGCCUUGCUUUUAAGGAGUAACUAUGCAUCUAGAUUCCUAACAAUAAUUCCUUUACACUCCCAAGGGCAAGUUUUCCUACCAGCAGUUAUCCAAUGAAUUAUACUGGAUUUUAGACUUCCUUAAUGAUUCUUUACUUUGUGUUAACCAGCUUUAUUUCUCUUAAACCAAUUUACACUGUAUAGUAAUUAUGAUAUUAUUUAAUUUUUCUUUACCAUUUUGUUAAUUUAGCUUGUAUGAUCCACUAUUGCUAUGAAAACAAAUGAAUAUUUGUAGUAGCUAUCAGCACUAAGGCAUUAUGCCCUACUGGGACCGUUUAGCAUGGGCUAUAUCAGCAACUGGACCUAAAAGCAUAAAAAUGCAUGCCAUUGUACCAUUAUUUUAUUCACAUGGCUCACAGUGAGCAUAAACUUUAGAUAAGUCCAUAACUUGUUUUCCAUUUAGAAUAUCAAUAUUAAAGCUUAUAUAACAUCCUAUUAAUUGAUUUCUCUGUGCAACUUUUUGCCAUUUUAAAAAUACUGAUGGGAGUUGAGUGUAUUGUGAAAUUGACUGCAUGUUGUAAUGGUAAAGGCUGGAAUUUUUUAAUCAUAUUCUUAGUAAUGUAUGAACUCUAUUCCAUCCAGUACCUUUUCACCUGAGUAUAUGACACCUAUAUUCCAAGUUCACCUCAUACUUAGUUCAGGAAUUUCUGUUCUAUAUUUUAUUAAAUGAAAGACCUAUAUAUGCAAUAUAUGAAGGAAAAUGUAACAGCAGCAUAACGAUUUCAUAAAAAAAGGAAUGGAUUCAUUAUUUUACUUAUCAGGAAUUAAAUCAAUGCAAAGCUGCCUAGCUAAUAUUGUAUUCAUUCUGUUGCAUGAACCUGGGUUAUAUCAUCCUUGAGCAAUAUUAUGCACUGAUGAAUAAAUUAUGAUAACGCAAGCUUUAAUAAUAAAGCAUUUGUAUCCUCUGGUUUCUGAGAGGUGUAAAUAAAUUAAAGGUUUUUUUUCCAAAUGUUCCCCGUUGUUAUCUGAAGCUUGUGAAUUGAAUCAUGUGGAUAAUUGUGGGGAGACCAUAAAUUGGUUGCGCUUCCUGGCAUAUGCAGCUGGAGUCACUGUUGAACUUGUACUUUCAUGCAUCUUUACAUGGUGUCACUCAAUUGGUAUAUUUGUUUACUUUUAACGAUAUGCAUUAUGUUUCACAAGAAAAAUAUGUUUUUUGGAAGGAACACUGGAAAUGCUUCUGUUGUGCAUAUUUCACUGAGCACUUUGAGAGAAAUCUGUAUAUUUUUUUUCCACCUCAUGUUCCACUGCACUGAGACAACGUGCACGAUAAUGUGCACUGAGACAAUGUGCAUGAAAUUGAAAAUGCACUGAAUGUUUUUCUAAUAAAUGAACUGUCAUUACUUAUCAGCAAUAAUUACUUACACAGGUUUCCAUUCAUAUUCAAGACAUAUUUAUAAAAAUAAAAAAUUAUGAAUUAUUAUAUGACCAAUAGAAUUCUGUAUUGCAUGAAUGGUAGCAUGUUGAUUAUGAAUGAGCUCUAUAUACUGCAGCAUGUAUAAUAACAAAUGUAUCAUGUAUAUGGCAUGUUUAUUUUCUCGACAUCCUUUAAUGUCUUUAAAUAUAAUGCUGUAAAUGACAUUAAAUAUCCUUUACAUAACAUUCACUUUAAAUAACAUUAAGAAUGAUACUGGAAAAUACAGGCAUAUUUGUUAUUUAACUUUUAUGAUUAUUGUAAUCCUGUAAGGUGACUUCUUUUCACACACCACCUUACAUGUAUGUUGUUUGUAACAUCUAUGAAAUAACUCAGCUGGUAAAAUAUUUCAGUUUUUGGGGACAACUACCUUUUGUGUGUGUCAAUUUGUGUGUGUGUGUGUGUGUGUGUGUGUGUGUGUGUGUGAAGAAAA